GUGUAUAGUUACGGUACUGGCUGUUAAAAGGCCUUCAAGUCCAAACAAAAGCAAUUUGUUUAGAUAUAGCACGUACGAUAUGCGACAGCAAUGCAUGUAGUGAUAUCAUAUGACGUAUACUGUGUCCUCUUACGGCACGUGGGAAAAAUACGAUCGAGUGUACUGUGCGAUCUGUAGGUCACUAUAACCUCAAAGCGUAACAUUAUGCAUAAUCAAUCAGUGAGAAGUAGCCUUUGAACGUAGGGUAUAUUUUUAAGAUAAAGUUACUGAAUCCUCGUACGCUCCUGUAACUGCCAUAAUGGCAAUUAUGAAGAUAUUAUUACGACCGGACAUCGCAAGGUUCGCGAGUGUCAGACAUCUAAGCUCCAAGCCAAAAUUUGGUUUGCUCUUUGACAUUGAUGGAGUAAUAGUGCGUGGCAAGAAAGUAUUGCCACCGGUACCUGAGUCUUUCAAACGCCUUCAAGGAAAAGAUGGCAAAUUUCGAGUACCAACUGUGUUUGUUACCAACAGUGGAAAUGCUUUACGCAGUCAGAAGGCUGCAGAUUUGUCCAAAUGGAUAGGAUUCGAAAUAAAGGAAUCUCAGGUUGUGAUGGCUCAUUCACCAUUGAGAUUGUUCCAACAAUUUACCAAUAAACAAGUGCUGAUAUCCGGGCAAGGUCCGAUUAGAGAAAUUGCUCAGGAACUGGGUUUCCAGAAAACUGUAGUUAUAGAAGAUUUAGUAAAAAACUACCCAUCCCUGGACUAUGUAAAUAUGAAAAAGCGAAAUCCGCAAUGCGGACCGAUAGAUCCGAAUUUUCCGAAGAUCGAGGGUAUCGUACUAUUUAGCGAACCAAUUUCUUGGGAAACACCGUUGCAAUUGAUGGUAGAUUUACUGAUGACUAACGGGGUGCCAGCUGGUUUGUCCAACGAUAUUCCUUAUCCUCACAUUCCAGUCUUGGCAUGUAAUAUGGAUUUACUAUGGGUGUCGGAAGCACCGAUCCCUAGAUACGGCCACGGUGCUUUCUUAGUCUGUCUAGAAGCUCUAUAUAAGAAAAUUACAGGAAAAGACUUGACGUAUACCGCUUUAAUCGGAAAACCUAGUCAAAUCACAUACUAUCACGCGAAUCAUGUGCUCCGUGAGCAUGCUAAAAGUAUUGGAAUAGAUCAUAACGUCGAUACGAUAUACGCUAUCGGGGAUAACAUCAACACAGACAUUUUUGGUGCAAAUUUGUAUGACAAGUAUUUGUCGUAUUGCUCAAAAGACGAAGCAUUGAAGCCUCAAAAACUGCAGAAAUUGCUUGGCAGAGAUAUAGAGCCGCCUAGCGCGAAAGCUUGUAUCAGUAUUUUAGUCGAAACUGGAGUCCAUCGACGAGAUUCGGAUUUUAUAGCGGAACACUGUCCUAGAGAUUUCUUGCCAAUCGAAGAUGGUCUAUGCAAGCCUGCAUUCGUGGUAAAAGACGUCGGCGAAGCUAUCAAUCUCGCGUUUAAGGAAGAAAAAUUCGACUGAACCGAUAUACACAGAAUGUACUUUUAGCCUUGGAGUGUUCACAUUCUAAUAUCGAUUAAGAAACAAAAACAAAAAAAUGAUAGGAAAUUAGAUGUUCGCUGAUACAAGUAUUGCGCUAAUUUUUCUUAAUCGAAAAGAAACAAUUUACACAGGCACGCUAUUUAUUUCGCUUCGUUUUAAAUCAUUUUUGACACUUUUAUCAGCUCUUUUACUAAACGAAGUUAUGUCCAUUAUAACGUCGCGCGUCGCACCAAUUAAUUAAACAUAAGCGAAUCGAUGAUACUCCGAACAGUGCAGGAAUCACAUACACCGGAGACAUAAUAUAAAAUGAAAAUGGUCUUUCAUAUAUUCAGAUUUUUAUAUAUAUUUGAAGUUUCUAUAAUUUAUAUUAUGAUCAUUGUAUUUAGAAAAAUAUUCAGAGAUGAUGUGUACAUAUGUGAACACACACACACACAAACAUAUAGGCAUAUACAUAUUUAUGUCUAUAUGUGUAUAUACAUAUAUGUGUGUAUAGAUAAUAUUCAAUUCGAUUUUUCCUGCGUUAUAGCUAAUUAUAUUAUUGAAUUUGAACAACUCAUUCGAAAUAUGCGCAUAAAUGAUUUCAUUACAUUUCAAUGGUAACCGUAACUUGUAUCCGCGAUGUGAUAGAUACCGAUUCUUUUCAUAAAACGUCCUAAUUGUACAGAAACCUAAUUCAUGCACAUUUCGUAGAUCAGCUAAGAAGGAGAUAGCUUUAAAAAAGAAAAAAAGUGUUUUUGUUAUUCAGUUGAUGUAAACUGUAAUUAUGUAGCGAUACACUCGGCACUCUGUUAGCGCUUUAUGUAAAAUUCAUCGUUUAGUAUUUACCACUGGAUGCCGCUUUGUAUACUAAAUCUCUAGUCCCACGGAACAGUUUCGCCGCUACUAGCGAUCACACGAUUCUCGUCAGUCUGAAAAGGUCGGCUGCAGAAGCUUUCUUUGUGCCAAUAAUCAUAUAAAAAGAAUUCGAAGGACAGAAAGAAAUAAUCUCGCGAGAAAGUAAUUUAAUUACAAACUGUUCUCGCAAUGCAUCGAGAGCUAUAAUAAACAUUGAACGCGCACAUUGUACUCGGUAGAGCCAGGCGUCAAGGUUAAGCACGCCAUAGCCAUAAAUGUACACAGAAAAUUAUCAAAACUUCCACCGAGACGAAGACUGACUAUCCGAGUAAUAAUCAAAUCAUUACUUGUUCCAACUUUAGCGACUUAGUGCCAUUGUUUGAGGCUUCCAGGUACAAGUUGCGUCCUAGAAAAGUGAUUCGACGAUUUGCCACCCUCGUGAUCUUUGUGGUUAUCAUAUAUUAAGAAGAUAUUAAAAAUCUGCAACGUGUCGUGGAUCGUUGGCCAUCGGCCACAAACUCUUAACCGAUCAAAUUCAUUGGACUCGUAGCUGCUCGUAGGCACGGAGUUAUCGAGUGUUCGUGCGCAUCGGCAAAUGUACGCACAGAUUUGUUCAAGCAUCCUAGUUCCUUAUUGAGCGUGACGUUCCAUUCUAGUAAUUAAAGUAGAAAAAAAAAACAAACAGUAAAUGCUACGUUUAUUCAGCGCCGGAUUAAGACUUUGUAGACUUCUGGGUUACAGGUACUGGGAGCAUGUACAGUAUAGCGUUUCUUUUUUAAUCGAAUCAUUUAUUUAUACUUUUCAGCGUUAAAGUCUGGAGACCUUCCAUUUGGCGAACGACCACUGUAUUCGUUAAAUCCAAUGUCUUAAUUCGGCUCUGCGUCGAUUCCAACAUUGCGUUCUAACUUAGAACUUCUAAGUAAAGCUCGAUUCGAACGAACGUUUGCUUACAGAUAAGAUGUAGCGUGAUGGUGCAGGAUGUAGAGAUGGCCUCGAACGACAAAUUGAGCCCGAUACGACGUUGGCAAAUUCCGAAAUCAAUUUCCUUAAAGGCAGCUUUUACCGGGAACCGUGUCAAAGAGUUACUCGACCGUAAUUGAACGUCAUUGGUAAGGGAACCGUUUCUCGAAUCAGAAUCACGGCACUAGCGUAACAUUGUAAAGAAAAGCGCCCCUGAGAAACUAGCGAUGCCGUAGAUAGCAAAGGGCAAUUAUACGCAGUUACUUAUGUAUACAUAAAGUGUUGCAAAAUUGAAAGCAAUACGUAAUGUUAUAUACAUAUACAUACACGCUCACACACACACAUAUAUAUAUAUGUAUAUUACUUUGUUUUUUAGCUACGAGAGAUUAUUUUGUAGGAGUUUUAUUCGUAGAACACCUGUGACUUUUAUGGAGCAAAAUUAGAAUCUAUUUUAGUAAAUCGCACCGUUCGUUCAUUCGAUACUUCGUCCCUUCACCUGCGUCCUCUAUGAAAGCCACAGGACACGACAAAGGCGUUGUUCGUUUUCAUAUUUUAUUACUUCCUUUGGCAAAUUCGUUUUCCAAAUUCUGAUUCUACCCAGUCUGCUUAAACGGAGCACGAAAUAUUGGGUUGUCCCAAAAGUUUCUUUCGUUUUAUUAAUAAUUAAUAUAUACACAAUAUUUUAUGUUUUAUGUUACAUUACUGAACUGUGUAUGAUUCAUUUUGAUUCAUUACUGUUACAGCAUCAAUGUCUAAGGAAUUGGAUUGUCUAUUUAUAUAAACGCCGUCACAGAAAAUAAUUGAAUGGAACUCACGAAAGAAACUUUUGGGACAAUCUAGUAAUUUCCUGUAUACGCCGCUCCUGAAAACAAGCAUCGAUCGCUAACUUUUAACUAGACUAAGAGGAAUAAAUUUAAAAGGAAAGUGGAGCAUCGUUUUACGAGCUGUGAUUUAUUCUUUUUUUUUUUGUAUUCUUUUUUUUUUUUUCAUUAAAUGAACUGACGUCGAGUUUAACACGUCUUCGACACCAGGAGUCUUUUAUUGCGUUCUUGAAAUCCUGAAAGUAUUUCCAAUUUCUCGACUUCCCUUGCCUAUUUCAAAUGUAUCUCGACAAGUUGUAUUUGCAGAGCAUAAAAGCAACGAAAUACACUAUAUAUUUUUCGUUAAUGUUGCUGCGAUGUUAUUGCAACUGACAACGGAUGAUGUAUGUAGAACGCGAUUCGUAGUGGAACGCACGGUUGAAAGUGUUUAUUUACGUUGAACGGGGUUUAUCGCGCUUUCUUCGUUCCUGUUCCAGCGUGAAAUCCGCCAGCGGAAGAAAAAAUACGCGAUUAACAGACGUUACAUUAGAGUUUUUAAUGGCCCACGAGAGGUUCAGUUGAUACUAAUAAUUGCCCCUUGUUACGGUGGAACGUAUGCGCAACGUCUGGGUCUCAUGACCCGCGAAUUAAGCCGUCAAUCGUUCGAUUAAAUAAUUCAAUUAUAAUCGGUUCGUCGGCGUACGCGAGGAAUAAAUUUAUUAUUUCAAGUCGA